AUGGCACAAGGACUGGAGGUGGUCCUCACAGACCUCCAGAGCUCCCUGAACAAUAUUCUACACCACACAGAGGAGAUCAGUUCUGAACGCCUCAUUGUUCGCCGGGGCCAGGCUUUCAGUAUCACUCUAUACUUUAGGAACCGGGGUUUCCAGCCUGGCCUGGACAACAUCAUCUUUGUGGCUGAAACUGGACCACUGCCAGACCUGACCAAGGGUACUCAGGCUGUGUUCAGUCUGGCUGGAUAUAGAAGCCCCUGGAUUGCCUCAGUGAAGACCAAUGGGGCAACCUCCCUGGAGGUGAGCCUCUGUGCCCCUCCUAUGGCAGCAGUGGGUCGGUAUCUCUUGAAGGUUCGAAUUGACUCCUACCAAGGGUCUUCCAUAGCUUACCAGCUCGGGGAGUUCAUCCUGCUCUUCAAUCCCUGGUGCACAGGGGAUGCUGUUUACUUGGAUAGCGAGCCCCAGAGACAGGAGUAUGUUGUGAACGAUUAUGGCUUCAUCUACCAAGGGAACAAGAAUUGGAUCCGCCCUUGCCCCUGGAACUAUGGACAGUUUGAAGAGAACAUCAUUGACAUCUGCCUGGAGCUGCUAGACAAGAGCCUGUAUUUCCAGAUUGACCCAGCCAUAGACUGUGCCCUGAGGGGAAGCCCUGUCUACAUCAGCAGAGUGGUGUGUGCCAUGAUCAAUAGUAAUGAUGACAAUGGGGUACUCAAUGGAAACUGGAGUGAAAAUUACUCAGAUGGCAUCAACCCUGCAGAGUGGACCGGUAGCGUGGCCAUCCUGAAACAGUGGCAUGCCACAGGCUGCCAGCCAGUGAGCUAUGGGCAGUGCUGGGUCUUUGCUGCUGUCAUGUGCACAGUGAUGAGGUGUCUCGGGAUCCCCACCCGUGUGAUCACCAACUUUGAUUCUGGCCACGACACAGAUGGAAACCUGAUCAUAGAUGAGUAUUAUGACCACACAGGCAGGAUUUUGGAGAAUAAGAAGAAAGACACUGUCUGGAAUUUCCAUGUCUGGGAUGAGUGCUGGAUGGCUCGAAAGGAUCUCCCUGCUGGAUAUGGAGGCUGGCAGGUGCUGGACGCCACCCCACAGGAGACCAGCAAUGGCCUCUACUGCUGCGGCCCUGCCUCAGUCAAAGCUAUCAAGGAGGGAGAGGUGAAUCUGAAGUACGAUACACCCUUUGCCUUUUCCAUGGUGAAUGCUGACUGCAUGUCUUGGCUUGUGUAUGGUGGGAAGGAGCAGAAACUUUACCGGGACACAAAUUCUGUUGGCAAUUUUAUCAGCACCAAGAGUAUCCAGAGUGAUGAGCGGGAUGACAUCACAGAGAGCUACAAGUAUGGAGAAGGUUCCCCCCAGGAGAGACAGAUAUUUCUGAAGGCACUUCAGAAGCUGAAGGCUGGAGGGAUCCCAGGUACCCAGCCAGCAGAGUCACAACCCUCUGGUCCCAGGCCACGGAGUGGGGCCAGCCCUCGGAGCAUGGAGGCACCACCCCCUCCUUCACCCAGUGACGUUGUUCAGGUCUCCCUGAAAUUCCAGCUGCUUGACCCACCCAACAUGGGCCAGGACAUAAGGUUUGCCCUGAUUGCUAUCAACAUAUCACCCAAGUUCAAGGACCUCAAAGUGAACCUGAGUGCUCAGUCCCUGCUGCAUGAUGGUAGCCCCUUGCCCCCAUUCUGGCAGGACACAGCCUUCAUCACACUGUCUCCUGGUGCAGCAAAGAGCCAUCCCUGCCAAGUUCCCUACUCCCAGUACAGCCAGUACCUGUCAACAGACAAGCUGAUUCGCAUUAGCGCUCUGGGCGAAGAGAAAAGCUGUCCUGAGAAGAUCCUGGUGAACAAGAUCAUCACCUUAGCCUAUCCAGCCAUCAUGAUUAAUGUUUUAGGAGCAGCCAUUGUGAACCAGCCGCUUUCCAUACAGGUGAUAUUUUCAAACCCCCUCUCGGAGCAGGUUGCAGACUGUGUGCUGACUGUGGAAGGAAGUGGUCUCUUCAAGAAACAGCAGAGAGUCCUCAUUGGAGUCCUCCAGCCCCAACACAGAGCCAGCAUCACUCUGGAAACUGUCCCCUUCAAGAGUGGCCAAAGGCAGAUACAAGCCAAUCUGAGGAGUGACAAAUUUAAGGACAUAAAGGGCUACAAGAUUGUCUCUGUUGAAGCUGGAUUAUAAGUUUUGGGAUAGCUGGAUGCAUAGAUUGUGGGCUUUAGGAAAAAGAGCAAGUUCAAAUGCAGUUGUAUCCUUUCCCAACACACUGGAGGCUUCAAAGGGAUUCCAAGGGGUGGCAAAGCAGGUGGCGGUGAGAGAUAAUCCCAAUUUGCCAUUGGCACUGGUCUGCAGGACUCCAUUCAGAGCUGAUGGAUUUCAAGGUGUCCCAUCUAGAAGUGUGGAAGGCCCAGAAGCCUGAGUACACUGAGUGGAUUUGACCAUGAACUUACUACUCCUAAAAUGAAGGAAAGAAGUCCAGUUUAACAUCUCACUGCCAUUUUGUCACUGCAAUGGCUAAUUCCCUAGUACUAAUAAA